GGAAAUCGAAUAACCAAAACGAAAACAGUUGUGAAUUGUGAAUUAUUUGGUCCUAUAUUGUGUUAUGUCUUACGUGCUCUAAGUUCUAAGUCUAGCAAGUAAUUUUGUAUUUAUAGAAAAACGGAUCCUUCGCCAUCAGUUUAUAAGAAUAACACGGAAUAGGUUUUGUUAUGGCUAGUCAAAUUGGAGACGUUGAGAAACUUCUUUUCGAAAUUGAUAAAUACUCCAGCUAUGCCACUUCAUAUUUACCUGAAAAUAUUUUGGAAGAUACCCCCAGCAACCAGGCAUCAAGAUGGUCAUCAAAUACAAACAAUCCUCCACAGUUUCUAUUGUUAAAACUAAAGCGACCGGCUAUUGUGCAGAAGAUAAAGUUUGGAAAGUUUGAGAAGUCCCAUGUAUGUAAUUUGAAAAAAUUUCGCGUGUAUGGCGGUUUGGACGAAAAUCAAAUGAUAUUGCUUCUUGAAAGUGGCCUAAAAAACGAUUCAAUACCUGAGAUUUUUAGUCUGCGAUACCUUACAGAAGACGGUGAUAAAUUCCCAAUUUUGUAUAUAAAAAUUAUGCCUCUAUUGUCGUGGGGGCCAAGUUUCAAUUUCAGCAUAUGGUAUGUUGAAUUACACGGACAAGACGAUCCAAUGUUUAUGGGCUUAAGUUUGAAAAACUACAGCAUGUUAAGGGAAAUAGAAAUAAUAAAACUUUGUCUAAAACACUUUCGGCAGCAAGGCUAUGACAAAGCUUUUAAAGCCUUACAAGACGAAACUAAUAUACGCUUGGAGAAUGAACUUAUCACUGGUCUACAUGAAUGUUUGGUAUCUAAAGGGGAUUUUAACAGAGCUGAAAAACUUAUUGAAGAAUGUGUAAACGAAGGACUUAUGGAUGCAUAUUUGGAAAAACAAGAUUAUAAACACUCGUGGAAAUUACAAGAGGCAAAGAGUGUCAACCAGCCUGGAACUCGUGGAGGACAUCAGUUAGUAAUGGACACACAAAAGAGUUUAGUUUACUUGUUUGGAGGCUGGGAUGGGUUUCAAGAUAUGAGUGAUUUAUGGGUAUUUCACAUAGAGACUUGCACAUGGUCUUUGAUUUUUGAGCAUUCCGAACAAUUUGGAGGCCCUACUCCACGAUCUUGUCAUAAAAUGGUAUUCGAUCCGGUCAGUGAAAAUAUCUUCAUUCUCGGUAGAUAUUUGGAUAAUUCAAUCAGAACUACUGAUUAUACGAAAAGUGAUUUCUACCUGUUCGAUACAAGUGCAUGUACUUGGUUACAAAUAUGCGACGACACGAGCCAAGUAAGCGGACCACAACUUGUCUACGAUCAUCAAAUGUGCAUUGAUAUCGAAAAACGAAUGAUUUAUGUGUUCGGCGGUAAGAUUCUGACACCAAGAAGUGUGAGUAAUAUUGCAUCUGGAGAACCCGAGUACUCGGGUCUGUUCUCUUACCACAUUGCAACAAAUACUUGGACACAAAUCCUCGUUGAUUGUCACCAUCCUUUAGCUUGUCAAUCGGAAGUUUUAUCUAUUAAAUCGCGAAUAACACAUUGUAUGGUUUUUCACAAUAAAACAAGAAAACUGUAUAUAUACGGGGGACAGCGUGGCAAAGAAGACAUUGAAGAAUUUAUUUCUUAUGACGUUGAUACUCAAGCCAUAAGUUUACUAAAUAAAGACAAUAAAUGCUAUGAAAACAAAAAUGAACCUUCGGCGGGUUAUACGCUUCGAGCUACAAUUGAUUGUGAUAGAGACGAAAUUUAUAUAUUUUCUAGUUUAAGCAAGCAGAAAGACCGUAGAGAUAUUCAACAAGUAGACGCGUCCAACUCUUUCUGGGUUUAUUCUUUGCAGAGGAAUACGUGGUCUCGUAUAUAUACUCGGCGUUAUGUUCCUGAAACUAAGCAGAAUGAUAAACUGUCAAAUUCUCUUAGUGAACCAUGUCCUCGGUAUGCUCAUCAGCUGAUUUACGAUGAAGUUGCCAAGAUGCAUUACUUGUUUGGAGGAAACCCUGGAAAGACCACAUUGCCACAGCUAAGACUGGAUGACUUUUGGAUGCUAGAAUUAGAAAAGCCAACGCGAGCUGAAAUUCUGAACCAUUGUCGAUAUCUAGUAAGGAAGUUGUUUUACGAAGAAAUAUCAAGGAUAAACCCUAUCAAAGCACUGCGCUACUUACAAACGCAUAUAUCUGAAGUUAUAAACCAUUCCGAUCCAGUGCAGUUAAAUAAUUUUCAUAAACUCGCCGCAUUUUUGUUCAGACCAGAAGAUCCAGUAUCCGUAGGACAGUUGACUUUAGCUACAUUGUCUGUUGAAAACCAAAACCUGGAAUCUAAAGCAGAGGAGAAUGAAAAUGAAAACGAAUUCAACAAAGAAUCUUAUGACUCCAGUUCAUCUUUAUCAGAUAGUUCGUUAUACAAUUUAUAUAAAAAGAGCGGUGGAAAACUUGCCAAACAAGACUACCUAUUCGAAAUAAGAAGCCGUAGAGCAUUUCUAUUUAACAAGCUUUCUCAAUUGAUGCCAACGAAUAUAGUUCAACCAAAGGGGAAUUUAAGUGAUUUUAUUUUAACAUAACUUUAAAUUGCUUUUAUUGUAUUAACUUCUCUAAAAAAGAAUUAAAAUGUUAUUUAAGUAAAUUUAUGCGUUGCGCCUGACAAAUUUGUUUGAUUAAAGUUGAGAGUAAUUUAAUUUAUUAUUUUUGAUGUUGUGUUGUUUCAAAUAACCUUAUUUUAAUUUUGAUGUUUAUAAUGAUUGUAAUAUUGUACCUAAUUUAAGUGAAUACGAAAAUGAAAAAAAUUGUUUCAAAAACUGUUUUAUUGCAUAUUGCAAGAAACUUAAAUCAUAAAAGAAAACUUAGUUUUUUUUUAUAUUAUAGAAUUAGUAAAAUUUUGUCCUAAGUUUGGUUAGUAAUAAAUUUAUGUAUCUAUUAAACAAAAUAUUUGUACAUUUGAAAACUUUUAAAGAUUGAUAAAAUGCAGAUACAUGACAUUUUAAUAAAUUAAUA